UCCUGGACCGACCUGAUUCGAUCUUACCCGACAAAAUCCACACAAAGAAACCCUAAUUAGCCGUGGAUAUAAACUCCCAAAACCCUAACUUCACAUUCUAUUCUCCAUCAGCAGUCGAAAAUGUCGAAGCGAGGACGCGGAGGAACGGCGGGUAACAAGUUUAGGAUGUCACUGGGUCUGCCAGUGGCGGCGACGGUGAACUGCGCCGAUAACACAGGUGCCAAGAACCUGUACAUCAUCUCCGUGAAGGGGAUCAAGGGACGCCUGAACCGUUUGCCGUCUGCUUGUGUCGGUGAUAUGGUGAUGGCCACCGUGAAGAAGGGGAAGCCUGAUCUCAGGAAGAAGGUGUUGCCUGCUGUCAUUGUUAGGCAGCGCAAGCCCUGGCGCAGAAAGGAUGGUGUUUACAUGUACUUCGAAGAUAAUGCAGGUGUUAUUGUAAAUCCAAAGGGAGAGAUGAAAGGUUCUGCCAUCACUGGUCCAAUCGGGAAGGAGUGUGCUGAUUUGUGGCCCAGGAUUGCAAGUGCUGCCAAUGCCAUUGUUUAAGAUUCUCAACUUGUGACAUCUAGUUCCUUUGCUUUGUUCAAGCCAUAGUCUAUUAUGAAAUUUUGCACUGUCUAGUUUCUGUUUGCCCAGGAUGUCAUUUUGAUUGUCUUGAAUUAUUACAUUUCAAAUAACAGUGUGUUUGCUUAAUUUCAUUCAGGAUAAGCUUUCAUCAAUGAGUUUAUUGCUUUUCAUCCAUUGUCAUUGAUAUUUCUCAAAACAAAAUCUUCGAGUAGAA